AUGAUGAUGAUGAGGAUGAUGAUGAUGAUGAAGCUCGUGCUCCUGGUGGCCCUGGUGGCGACCCCGGUGGCUUUGGGGACCCGCGGGGACCCGGUGGCGGUGCUGAGCCCCCUGCCCGGGGGGGUCUCCCUGCCCGGGGGAGGGGUCUCACUGCUGGGGGGGGUCCCGCUGGUUUUGGGGGGGGGGCCCGGCCGCCCCCCGUGCCGGCCCGUCAACGUGACGGUGGCGCUGGAGAAGGACGAGUGUCCCCAGUGUCGCGCUGUCACCGCCACCGCCUGCGGGGGCUUCUGCCGCACCCGGGAGCCGGUUUACCGCAGCCCCCUGGGCCCCCCCCGCCAGGCCGCCUGCACCUACUCGGGGGUUCGCUACGAGCGCUGGAUUUUGGGGGGCUGCCCCCCCGGCACCGACCCCUCUGUCACCGUCCCGGUGGCCCUGGGCUGUCGCUGCGGCCGCUGCCCCAUGGCCAACGCCGACUGCGCAGUGCUGGGGCUGGGACCCUCCUUCUGUGGGGCCCCGGGGGGUUUUGGGGGGUCCUGACACCCCCCGAGCCCGGGGAUGGGACCCCCACCCUCAAUUUAUGGGGUUUUGGGGGGUAAUAAAACCUCCUGGCCGCCAGGGGGCGCUGUGUGUCAUUGGGGGCUGUACCAUAAGAGGGGAUCCUUAUUAUUAGGGGGUUUGGGGGGGUUUUGGGGGUUCAGACCUUCCCAUCCUGUUCUUAUGGGACCCCCACCGGGCACUUAUGGGGUUUUGGGGGGUCUUGACACCCCCCGAGCC